AUGUGGGAGCAACGGGUGGAACGGGGACCAAGGCGGGGAACAGGGAAGUUCUUCCCGGCCGCGUUUCCGUGCGAGGCCGCUCCGCCUCAGAGCGCUGGCGGUGGCGUCGGGACGCAGGACCGGGAUGCGGGAGAGAGCCAUAGCCCUACACGGGUCCGUCACAGCCCACGGCACUCCAAGGGACAACACAGUGAUGCUGAGAUAGAAAGGCUUUCCUACAGCAUCGACUCCCAGGAAAAAGCAUUCAGGAACCUGCCAAACCUUCAUAUCUUAGACUUGGGAGACAAUAAGAUUCUUCAAUUGCAUCUUGAUGCUUUUAUAGACUUGACAAGCCUGACUGUUCUCCAUCUGUUUCACAAUUCCCUCGGAGAUUCCAUCCUGGAAGAAUGUUACUUUCAAGAUUUGAGAUCCUUGCAAGAAUUGGAUCUUUCAAUGAAUGAAAUCACAAAACUUCAUCCCCACCCCUCAUUUUAUAAUCUAACGGCCUUGAAAAGUGUGAACCUGAAAUUCAACAAGUUAUCCAACUUUUGUCAAACCAAUCUUACCAGCUUCCAAGGAAAACACUCUUUAUUUUUUAACCUCAGUUCUAAUCAUUUGUACAAGACAGAAGAUGUGGCCUGGGCCAAGUGCCCCAGUCCUUUCAAAAAUAUUACAUUUGGCUCACUAGACCUUAGGGACAAUGGCUUGAGCACAGAGAGAGUCCAGUAUCUCUGUACAACCAUUGAAGGGACUCAAAUAACUUCUUUAAAAUUAGGUCCUAUAAUGGGUUCAGGAUUUGCCUUUGAUAAUUUAAAAAAUCCAGAUGGUUCUACUUUUGCAGGACUAGGAAGAAGUAAUCUAAGGUUCUUUGAUAUUUCACAGGGUUGCAUUUUCUCUCUCAAUUCUUUAGUCUUUCAAAGUCUUAGCAACCUGGAAUCACUGAACCUUUCAAAAAACAAGAUAAAUCAAAUUCAAAGGUAAGCAUUUUUUGGCUUCAGCAACCUAAAAAUUCUCAAUCUAAGUAACCUUCUGGGUGAGUUGUACGAUUAUACUUUUGCGAGUCUAUGUAGUGUAAUGUAUAUUGAUUUACAGCAAAAUCACAUUGGGAUGAUUGGUAACAAAUCAUUCAGGUAUUUAGUAAAUCUGAAAAUAACCGAUCUCCGAGACAAUGCCAUUAAAAGACUCCCUUCCUUUCCACAUCUGACCUUUUCCUUUUUAGGUGACAGUAAGCUAAUGUCUGUAGGUAACAGAGCAAUAACUGCAACACAUCUCAAAUUAAAAAGAAAUUGGUUGGCAAAACUAGGUGACCUGUAUGUUCUUUUCCAAAUUCUAGAUCUGCAGUAUAUCUUCUUAAAACAUAACCAGUUCUCUUACUGUGUGAAGAGUGCUAAUGUUAUAGAAAACAAUCAGUUAGUAUAUCUGGAUCUUGGUCAAAAUAUGUUACAGCUGGUGUGGGAGAGAGAUUUCUGUUUGGAUGUGUUUGGGGCAUUGCCCAAACUUCAAGUUCUACAUCUGAAUAGCAUCUAACUCAGUGGUCCUCCACAGGAGAUUUUUAGAGGUCUACCAUCUCUUAAAAGACUUUACCUGGCUUCCAACCUGUUGUCUCAUCUUUCUCCUAGGCUUUUCCCACAAAGCCUAACAAACCUAAACUUAUCUGGAAACCAGCUGUUUUCCCCUGAGCCUGAAGUCUUUAUGACUUUGAGUAUUUUGGAUAUAACACAUAAUAAUUAUGUCUAUGAUUGUGCUUUAAAGAGCCUGCUAGUGUAG